ACCGACCCGGCCGGUCCAACGGUCGUUUAGGCCAACUCAGACUCAGGUCAUCCCAAAAGAUUUUCAAACAAUGUGGCCAGACUGUGUGGAGCACCAGUCUCUCCAUCAGCCAGAUGACAGCCGUGGGCGGAUGAGUUCACUUAGUCCCCAAAGAAACAAGGACACAAAGGGGGAUGUGUUCCUCACCAUCUCCAACCUGCAGAAAGAUAACAGACCUGCUUUUUCCAUGAUGGCAAAGGCCCAGUAGAGAGGGAGAAGAGAUCGUGCAAAAGAAAGAGGAUGAAAGCAAGGCUGACAAACUCAGAAGAACAGCGUUGACCUUCGAGGGUUAAGAAAAGAAUUCUCUGCUGCCCAACACUGUCACAGGCAGGACAGAAGUGAACUGAGAAGCCGUAUCCCAGUGCAGACGCAAUGCACUGCUCUGUCAGGACUUGCUUCAGAGCCUCUGUGGCCCUCAUAUUCCUGUGGCUCUUCACCAUCCUGCAAAUCCCUGAGGAAAAUGAAGAUGUCAAAAAUGUGGUGAUCAACCAUGGCAGUAAGAAUAAUUUCAGAUCACUUGAUGACUGGCAGAACAUCACCUUCAAGUAUCUGAAAGAAAUCCAGCAGAGAAGAAAGACAUGGCUGACAGUGGGGAUCACCUCAGAGUCACGAGAGGGUCCAAAUGGCCUCUUGGAUACACUGGCCUCCCUGUACCACACCUCCUCCACAUCCGAGCAGAAACAAAUGACAGUGCUGGUCCACCUGGCUGACUCUGAUCCCACCUGGCUCAGGAGAACUAUCAUCCGGAUUUCAAGUCUCUACAGGUCCCAGAUCUUGACAGGGCAAUUGUUACUGAUCCACGCCCCACCUGAUGCCUACCCCGCUGUGAACGAUGCCCAGAACAAGGUCUCUCGGGGGCAGAUCUACUCCAAGCAGAAUGUAGACCAUGCCUUCCUAAUGAGCUUUGCCACGAAACUCUCCACUUACUUCCUCUUGAUAGAGGACAAUGUCUUUUGUGCCCCCAAUUUUGUCAACCACAUUCGCUCGAAGGUGGGCUACAGGAAGCCCAACACAUGGGUGCUCCUCGAGUUCUCUAAUAUGGGCUUCCUGGGCAAACUUCUCCACAGCAGGGACCUUCCACUCCUGGCCCACUUCCUCCUCCUCUUCCACAAGGAGCGACCUCUCAACUGGCUGCUCCUUCACUUCCGCACCCUCCUGGGCCAGCAAAGUUCAAUCCUCUGCCGACCAUUUCUCUUUUACCACAGGUUGACUCACCUCACUUUUGAGAACAAGACCUUAAUAGGCCAUGAAAAGGAUCCUCCUGAUCCGUAUACCCUCAGUGGAACUGUUUACACGGAUAUGAGGUUCUCUGAUACCCACUCCCCGCAGGAGGCCUAUACUCUGGAUGAGUCGUUCUUCUGGUCCUACAAUGUCACUACAGGGAACUAUUUGACAGUGAUUUUGAACAAUCCAGCGAACCUCAACAGAGUGCAAGUAAGAACGGGCUCCAUCACGGAUGGAAAGUACAUCCUAGAAAAAGGACAGGUGGAGCUAGGCUAUGAUCCUGAAGGAACACCGCCACAAUGCACCAGCUUUACCCUGCUGGGCCGGCUUGUGCAAGGGCAGAUGGAUCAGUUCAUUCUGGAAAGCAUUGGGUAUAAAGUAAGCUGCGUGAAGCUGGCAGUGAACGCUAAUCAGGUCGGUGGUCUCAUGAUCAGGCAUAUCUACAUCUGGGGGGAAAAUGCCAAAAACAGAAAAGAUGUCCAAAUUGACAACGAUGACGAUGACGACGACGAUGACUACGACGACGAUAGUUGAUGUAUCAGCGUAUGAACAAUUAAAAGCUCAAACCAGUUCAUCUA